CUUGGCUGUAACCUGAGACGGAUGCGCUCCCAAAUGAUGCUCCGUUGGCAGGAGCAACUCAAGUUCAUCAUUGUCCGGAGAAAGAGGAGCAGCGCGGUUCUCGGCCGGGUCAGUAGAACGCCUGGCGACCCUCACCUGCGCGCGCCGCGGCACCGGCUGUGAUUGUCCUGGGGCCGCGGAGACCCGCGCGCCCGCCCUACACGCCGGGCGGCACCCUUUGCAGCCGCGUUAGCUGCCGCGAUCCUCCGGCGUGCCCCUGCCGAAGAAACCUUGGCUGCUUCUGUGCGCCUCUUACACUUCAUUUAUCCGUGGAUCAUUUCCAGAGUCCGUCUUGUAAAUGUUUAGCAUUUUGCUGCUUUAUUGCUUCUUUCUGAGGACAGUUCCAGCACUCGCCGAGACCGGCAGAGAAAAGCAGCUGAGCCCGGAGAAGAGCGAAAUAUGGGGACCCGGGCUAAAAGCACACGUCGUCCUUCCCGCACGCUAUUUCUAUAUUCAGGCGGUGGAUACAUCAGGGAAUAAAUUCACAUCUUCUCCAGGCGAAAAGGUCUUUCAGGUGAAAGUCUCAGCCCCAGAGGAGCAAUUCACUAGAGUUGGAGUCCAGGUUUUAGACCGAAAGGAUGGAUCUUUCAUAGUAAGAUACAGAAUGUAUGCAAGCUACAAAAAUCUGAAGGUGGAAGUUACAUUUCAAGGUCAACAUGUGGCCAAAUCCCCAUAUAUGUUAAAAGGGCCGGUUUACCAUGAGAAUUGUGACUGUCCUUUGCAAGAUAGUGCAGCCUGGCUACGGGGGAUGAACUGCCCGGAAACCAUUGCUCAGAUUCAGAGAGAUCUGGCACAUUUCCCCAUAGUGGAUCCAGAAAAGAUUGCAGUAGAAAUCCCAAAAAGAUUUGGACAGAGGCAGAGCCUCUGUCACUACACCUUAAAGGAUAACAAGGUUUAUAUCAAGACUCAUGGUGAACAUGUAGGUUUUAGAAUUUUCAUGGAUGCCAUACUACUUUCUUUGACUAGAAAGGUGAAGAUGCCAGAUGUGGAGUUCUUUGUUAAUUUGGGAGACUGGCCUUUGGAGAAAAAGAAAUCCAAUUCAAACAUCCAUCCAAUCUUUUCCUGGUGUGGCUCCACAGAUUCCAAGGAUAUCGUGAUGCCCACCUACGACUUGACUGACUCUGUUCUAGAAACCAUGGGCCGGGUAAGUCUGGAUAUGAUGUCUGUGCAAGCUAACACGGGUCCGCCCUGGGAAAGCAAAAACUCCACAGCUCUCUGGAGAGGGCGAGACAGCCGCAAAGAGAGACUCGAGCUAGUUAAACUCAGUAGAAGACACCCAGAACUCAUAGAUGCUGCUUUCACCAACUUUUUCUUCUUCAAACACAAUGAAAGCCUAUAUGGUCCCAUUGUAAAGCACAUUUCAUUUUUUGAUUUCUUCAAGCAUAAGUAUCAAAUAAAUAUCGAUGGUACUGUAGCAGCUUAUCGCCUGCCAUAUUUACUAGUUGGUGACAGUGUUGUGCUGAAGCAGGACUCCAUCUACUAUGAACAUUUUUACAAUGAGCUGCAGCCCUGGAAACACUACAUUCCAGUUAAGAGCAACCUGAGCGAUCUGCUAGAAAAACUUAAAUGGGCAAAAGAUCACGAUGAAGAGGCCAAAAAGAUAGCAAAAGCAGGACAAGAAUUUGCAAGAAAUAAUCUCAUGGGCGAUGACAUAUUCUGUUAUUAUUUCAAACUUUUCCAGGAAUAUGCCAGUUUACAAGUGAGUGAACCCCAAAUCCGAGAGGGCAUGAAAAGGGUAGAACCACAGACCGAGGAGGACCUCUUCCCUUGCACUUGCCACAGGAAAAAGACCAAAGAUGAACUCUGAUAUGCAAAGUAACUUCUAUUAAAAUAUUGGUGCUCUGAAGACUCUUCUUCACCAAAAAGAAGAAUUUUUUUUAAGUAUUAAUUCCAUGGACAAUAUAAAAUCUGCUGUGUGAUUAUUUGCAGUAUGAAGAUACAUUUCUACUUAUGAUGCAGUAUUCUCAUGACUGUACUUUUUAGUACAUUUUUAGAAUUUUAUAAUAAAACCACCUUUAUUUUAAAGUC